CAUUUAGCGGGCUGUCUGGGCCCAUCUUAAAUCUGUCUGGCCCAAAAUGGUUAGGGAGAAGGGAAAGUAACUAGAAAUCCAGAAUCCAUAUACAGAGAAGAAAGGAGAAGAGAGUGGAAGAUACGUAAUUGAAGUGAAGGAGUUGGAAGGAAUUGAGAAUCAAAAUCGAAAUGGCUAUUAUGGAGAGGUUGAGAAUGCUCGUUGCUCAAGAACCAGUUCUCGCUGCUUCCUGUCUCAUCGCUGGCUUUGGUCUUUUUCUUCCUGCGUUUGUGAGACCUAUGCUGGAUUCAUAUCAGACAACCAAACAACCUCCUCAACCUGCUUUGAGCGACGUGGUUGCAGGUAUGACUGGUAAAAAGUAAGCUGAUUUACUUGAGAUACAAGGGGAAAAUUGUCAACUUCUCUGCUUGAACUUUUUUUCAUUGUGAGUAAUAAAAUUGCCCAGUUACAAAACAUUUGAUUGAGCAUCCAUUUGUGACAACCUAUCAGUUCCAGAUUCGUCUAGUGGCUUCAUUUCAUAUUUAGGUUAAGUGUUGGGAUGAAUGUCUGCUUAUUGUGCUGCCUGAUUGAUUUUGCCUCUACUAAGUAAUGCACUUUCUGAAUUGUUCCUCUGGUGACAAUUUGAAGGAGUUUUUUUUAGCUAACUUGAACACAUGAAUGUUGUUUAUUAAUCGAGUUGGCAUUUAAUAUAAGAACGUGAAUACAUCUUGAUGUUAUUUUUUGCUGUCA